AUGCAGAAGGAGUUGUUCUUGCGCAUCGUCAAUGUUGUGCAAGGUAAAGAUACUUACUUCCAGAUGAGCCAUGAUGCACUAGGUCGGGACUCUCUCACGUCUUUGCAGAAAUGCACGGAGGCUAUCUGCCAAUUAGUCACUGACGUCAGUGCGGAUACUUUCGACGAGUAUCUCAAGGUCGCUGACACGACGGGGCGUCUAUUCCUAAAGAGAUUCUGCAAAGCUGUCAUCUGGGCUUACAGAGCCAAUUAUCUUCGCCGUCCAACACCGGAGGACGUCAAACGCCUUCUUCAGAUGCACGAGGCGCGACACAGAUUUUUUGGGAUGCUCGGGAGUCUUGAUUGUAUGCAUUGGGCGUGGAAGAAUUGUCCAAAGGCGCAGCAUGGCGCAUAUACAUGCGGUGAUCAAGGGGAGCCCACCUUGAUCUUAGAGGUCAUUGCAUCCCACGAUUUAUGA